AUGUCCCGUCCAGAGCUACAAGCACCACCAGAAAUUUACUAUGGCGACACCGAAGCCAAAAAGUAUACGAACAACUCUCGUAUACAGCAGAUCCAAGCCGACAUGACUUAUCGUGCUUUGGAACUCCUCAAUUUGCCGUCGGACCAGCCUGCUUUCCUGCUCGACAUCGGAUGCGGAUCUGGGCUCUCAGGCGAGAUCCUGGACGAACAGGGUCAUGUAUGGGUGGGCGUAGACGUCGCGCCGAGCAUGCUAGAGGUCGCGCUUGAGAGGGAAGUCGAAGGCGAUCUCUUCCUACAAGACAUUGGUCAGGGCUUCGGUUUUCGGCCAGGUAGCUUCGACGGUGCCAUCAGUAUCUCCGUCAUCCAAUGGUUACUCAACGCCGAGACAUCACAUCCAACCUCCUCUCCUCCGCACCGCCUGACACGCUUCUUCACUACACUACACGCAGCACUACGUAACCCCUCUAGAGCAGUCCUCCAGUUCUAUCCCACCUCAGACGACCAAGUCCAGUUGAUCACUUCGAUAGCGCAGAAGGCAGGGUUUGGAGGCGGUGUCGUGGUAGACUAUCCAAACUCGAACAAGGCGCGCAAGGUCUUCCUCUGUCUGUACGUAGGAGGCGGCGGUGGCGCACAACAAAUACCGAAAGGUCUAGAGGCAGGGGAGGAAGAUGGCCAGGCCCACGCUAGGUUCGAGGCUUCAAGACAGCGUCAGAGGAAGAGGGAUAAGAACGGAAAGCGGAAAAGUAUCAAGGAUAAGGACUGGAUCAUUCGUAAGAAAGAGCUAUAUCGACGGAGAGGCAAGGAAGAUGUUCCCCGCGACUCGAAGUAUACAGGGCGCAAGCGGAAAGCAGUUUUCUAA